AUGGCAGCGCCAAGCAACGCAGAGCAAACGCAGUUGCAAGACAUGGAGGAGGAAGAUGCGGGGAUGGAGGAGAGGGAGAUGGAGUCGGACGAGGGGGAGGAAGAGGGCAUGGGGGUAGAAGAUUCAGACGACGAGGAGGACGAUUCGUCCGAGGACGAGAAGGAAAAUGAAGCCGAAAUCCAACGUUUGGAGGAGCAGCUGUCGAUUAAUGCUUUCGACUACAACUGCCAUGUGGAUCUUAUCAAGCUACUUAAGCAGGAGGGAGAACUUUUCCGUCUGCGGAAGGCACGACAGAAGAUGAGUGAACUGUUCCCGCUCACUGAAGAGAUCUGGCUGGACUGGCUCAAGGAUGAGAUCCGUCUGAGCGAGGAGGAGCCGAACCGAGAGAAAGUAUACGAGCUCUUUGAGAGAGCUGUGAAAGACUAUAUCUGUCCAGAUAUCUGGCUCGAAUAUGCCCAGUACUCUAUUGGUGGCAUGGGCUCACCUGGUGGCAUAGACAAGGUGAGAGCCAUCUUUGAGAGAGCUGUGACAGCUGUGGGGCUUCAUAUGACCAAAGGACAGACGGUGUGGGAGGCAUACAGGGAGUUUGAGAACGCCAUUCUGUCCACAGUACAGCCGCCUCCUGGCAGGAUUCCCAGCCGUGAGGAGCAGGAGCUGCUGAAGACUCAGCUUGAGCGAAUCCAUACACUGUUUCGCCGCCAGCUGGCCGUCCCCUUAAUGGACAUGGAAGCCACGUAUGCAGAGUACGAGGAAUGGUCUGAACACGGGGUGGCUGAGACGGUCAUACAACAGUACAAGAAGGCUUUGCAGCAGAUGGAGAAGUGCAAAUCUUUUGAAGAGUCACUGCUGGUAGCAGAACCUCCAAAGUUGGCAGAGUAUCAGUCUUACCUCGACUUUGAGCUAAAGGAGGGCGACCCUGCGCGGAUCCAGAUAACCUUCGAGCGGACUCUGGCAGAGAACUGCUUGGUACCAGACAUGUGGGCAAAAUACAAUACCUAUCUUGAUCGUCAGCUGAAGAUUAAAGACUUGGUGCUCUCCACUCAUGAUCGUGCCGUCAGGAACUGCCCCUGGACCAUGGGUCUGUGGAAGAGCUACGUGCUCGCUCUGGAGAGACAUGGAUCUGACCAUCAGACUGUAUCAGAUGUUUUUGAGAAGGCGCUGAAUGCUGGUUUCAUUCAAGCGACAGAUUAUGUGGAAAUUUGGCAGGCGUACCUGGACUACCUGAGGAGACGUGUAGAUUUCAGUCGAGAAUCCAGCAAAGAGUUAGAGGAGUUGCGCGGAGCCUUCUCUCGAUCUCUAGACUACAUGAAGCAAGACGUUGAAGAAAGGUUUGGUGAAAGUGGAGAUCCUUCUUGUCUCAUAAUGCAGAUCUGGGCAAGGAUAGAGGCCCUCCACUGCAAGAACAUGCAAAAAGCCAGAGAACUGUGGGAUAAUAUCAUGACAAAGGGGAACGCCAAAUUCGCCAACAUGUGGCUGGAGUACUACAAUCUUGAAAGGUCUUAUGGAGACCCUAUUCACUGUCGAAAAGCCCUCCACAGAGCAGUCCAGUGCACCUCAGACUACCCAGAGCAUGUGUGUGAAGUCCUGCUCACGUUUGAGAGAGUAGAAGGUUCUCUGGAGGACUGGGACGUAGCGGUGCAGAAGACAGAGACCCGGCUGAACAGGAUUAACGAGCAACGAGCAAAAGCGGCUGAGAAAGAAGCCAACCUGGCUCGCCAAGAGGAGGAGAGAGCCGAGCAGCGGCGGAAAGCCAAGUCUGACAAGAAGGCUCAGAAGAAGUUCCAGAAGGGAACUCGAGCUGGAGAGAAGAGGAAAGCAGACCAGGAUGAUUACCAGGAUGAAUGGAAUGAAGACUCAGCUCCGAAAAGGCACAGAGGAAACAGUGACCACACCACAGACGAGUACAUGGAGACGGAGACCGGACUCUUUGGGAGGAACGCUCCACCCGGAUACAAGCCGGCUCCACCUGGCAAUAAGAAAGUGCAGCAGGGAGCAGCAGCUACUCCCCAGAGGCAGAAUGACGACAAGCCAGAGCUUCGUAAUGACAAUACCAGCGUGUUCAUCAGCAACCUGGCUUACACUUUGGAGGAGCCAGAGUCAAAGCUCAGGACACUGUUUGAGACCUGUGGCCCAAUCAAAGAGAUUCGCCCGGUCUUCAGCAAUAAAGGAACCUUCAAAGGCUACUGCUAUGUACAGUUUGAAUCGCCAGUGUCGGUCCCUGAAGCUCUGAAGCUGGACAGACGGGAGGUGGAGGGCAGGCCCAUGUUUGUGUCACCUUGUGUAGACAAAAACAAAAAUCCUGACUUUAAGGUGUUUAAAUACAACACAUCACUGGAGAAACACAAAAUCUUCAUCUCCGGACUGCCGUUCUCAUGCACUAAAGAGCAACUGGAGGAAAUCUGCAAAAGCCACGGCACCAUCAGAGAGGUUCGUCUGGUCACGUAUCGCUCAGGAAAACCCAAGGGUCUGGCGUAUGUUGAGUUUGCAGAUGAAACGCAGGCCUCUCAGGCAGUGGUGAGAAUGGACGGCAUGGAUGUGGAGGGCAACAAGAUCACUGUUGCUAUAAGCAACCCUCCUCGCAGAAACGUGGAUAAACCCGGUUCCAGCAGGCCCAUGGGCGACAUGAUGCCUCGCCAGGUCUAUGGAUCGAGAGGUAGAGGACGGACCGGGCUCUCUUUACUCCCCCGUUCCCUUCACCGACAAAGUGCGCCCGCAAGCAAAGUGGAGAACGGGACGGCAGCUGAGCGAGUGACAGACAGCGGCGCGGCCAACGCAGCCGGAGAGCCCAAACCUUUGUCAAAUUCAGACUUUGCCAGGAUGCUUCUCAACAAGUGAGAAGACGAAGCAAGAGGAUUAUGACCGCCUUCACACUGAAAGCCAUCUUGUGUCCUUACAAAUUAGUGUCGGUGAUUCUUCUGUCAAUCGGUUACCUGAUGUCCCUUUAAUCUCAAGUCAUGCUCGUCAUCAUCCGUUCUGCGAGAUUUUGCCUUAAUCGCCGCGCUCCCAUCACAAACCCCCCUUUUCAACCCAGAUUUUUUUUUUUUUAACCAGUGAGCCAGAUUGUUUUUGUUGGGUGUGUUUGAAGGUGGCUGCCAGGCUAUUUUAUAAAAAAAAAAAGAAAAACCGUGUAUCAUAUUUGUGUGUAAAUAUACUGUAUCUAAAAUUGUAAGCCUCAUGUUUCAAGGUCUCUCUUUUUUUUUUGUUGUGCUCCGUUUGAGGGAUCCGACAGAAGUAUAUGUGAGAGUAUUUUUUUAAAUGUUCAAAACAGCCAAACUUGUGAAUGUUGUUUUAAAAAGGGUUUAUGCAAAAGUUCCAAUAUGGUGUAAUAUAGUCGGUGUGUGUACAUACGUUUGGACGUGCUGGUGAUGAAGAGACGUUCUGCAGAUGUUUUUAGGGGAAACUAGGACUUUUGUUAUGUAACUUAUUUUGACCUCUGAGGACACAGCUAACGAGACUGGCUGUGUUUGUUUUGUUUCUGACUGUAUAGUGACUAAUUCAUUAUUUUUUGCAUCAUACCAUCCCUGAGUUACCAUCCGCUAUUAAUCAUCGGUAUUACGACGCCGCGGAGAACCCCUAAAGGUUCCAUCAAAUCAGUUAACCAGCUUCUUCUCUGAGGGUUUUAUAAUAUAAAGGCUGCCCUCUGUUCACGUCACACUGCUCACGCUUGAGUUGUAGUGUUUACAGACCUGCUCUAAUUAUACUGUCUUAUGAUUUAUCUGAUUUCGUGCAUCACUUGUAACUCUUCCCUGUCUGUUCAGGGGAAGAACAUCCGUAAUCAAGUUAGUCACGUUUGAGCCGUCGGUCUGAUUUAUGUGCUGUGGACUGAAAACGAGAUUCAGAGGGAAAUGAACCAUUCUCGCUUCACCGUGUGAAAUUUGAAGGCAAGCAGGAUGCUGGUGAUGCUGAAAAAUUGCAUCUAAUUGGCUGCUUUGGUGGCUGGAAAGACACCUGACUAAUGUGUUUGUGUGGUAGUUUGGUUUAUAGCCAGUGUUUUCAACCGUUUAAAUCUUUAACUUGAUAAGUCGUUGGCCCAGAAGUCUGGAGCUCCAAUUAUUUUGAGGGAAAAAUCGUCAAAUGGGAGAAUAGUUUUCAUUUUCUUAUUGAAUGUAUUUUGGUUUUAGACGAUUAACACAACAUUUAAUGACAAGCAGUCUUUGAUUCUCAACCAAUUAAUUAAGAAAAUGAUAUAUAUACAUAAGCUAGUGAUUACCUGCAACAGUCCAGAGAAAACAUGAGUUAGUUUAAGGCGUCAAAAGUAGAACAGAACCAUCAGUGUGCUGUCGAAGAACCCACGGAUCAUUAUGAGCAAGUGUGGUUCGGACAUGUUCGUCUUCAUGCAGUUGGUUUCACCCUUUUAGUGAACUUGUGUUAGAUGCUCUUCUCAGUAUGCUACAAAAAAAACAAAAGGCUUAUUUACAGAUAUUUAGAUAUAUCAUCUACUUAUUAUUUAGGUCCGCAGCUCCUUUGACACAAUAGAAGAGAAUCUAUGCAGUUAUUUCAUGUUAAGGAUCCACAAGUUGUCCACCAGUCCUCGUGUCUCGUUUGGAAUAUUAUCGAUUCUGUUCGUGUACAUAAUGUUCAGUAUUUCAAGAAGGUCACCAUAGUUUGUAAUAAAUAUGAAUCAAAAUUUUCAAAACAGAUUAAAAAAACAAGCUGUAUGUACUGCUCUCACCACAGUGGCCUAAUCUUAAAAAGAAAAAAAAAUCGAAACAUGUUGGUCGGUAGAAGUCACCUUCUGUUUAAUGUCCAAUACUAAACAAGUUGUAUUGUGUGCAUUGCUGUUGUUUUGUAUUAUUUCUAUAGUCAAUGUUUUAAAUCUGGAAUAGAGGUAAAUAAUUAAAGGCUUUUCUUUUUUCCCAAGUAGUAUUUAUUUUCCUGCGUUUUCAAUUAUCUACCCUUGUAUUUUUGGGUCCUGUAAAAAAAAAAAGUAAAAAAUAAAGUCAUGUCAUGUUUUUUGCUUUGUUACUUGGUCUAAAACUUGUUUUAAUAAAGUCACGUAAAUCAUC